UGUGAGGCUGAGAACAAAGGGGCUCCAAUGCUACUUGUCUCUACAACUAUGUUUUUUUUUUUUUUUUUUGUUUCAGUUUGCACACUUCCCUUUGUUGCAAAAUCUCACCUCUAUAUCCUUCUAUUAACAUUGCCCUUCUUCCACAAUGUGUACUUGAAACCUCAAACCAACCAGAACCUCUUUGAUUGAAAAUAAUCCAAGUUUUUUUUUUCACAGUUAAUUUAUUUGUGGAGAAAGAAAAAAAAUGUCUGCUUCCACUGUUGUUCACAAUUUUUGUUCCGUCGCUUGUUGCAUUUCAAAUUGCGGCCAUAACCGAACCUUGGUUCCUACCCAUCAUCAGUUUCAUUCACCCAAUUCCCUUUUGAGGUUAAAGAAGCAAACUUUCCUCACGAACAUUUACUUCAAGAGUUCCAGAACCCAGAAACCUCGCUCCAGUUUUGUAGUUUCCGCAGCACAAUCGAAUUUUGUUAAAGUUCUGCAGAAUGCAUGGAAAGUUGGUAGGGAUGGAAUUGAGGCAGGCACUAAUCUCGUUCCUAAUUCUGUUCCAAGGCCAAUAGCAAGGAUUUCAGUAACAAUUGUGGCUUUGAGUGUUACGCUUUUUGUACUCAAGGCAUUCCUCUCUACAGCUUUCUUUAUAUUGGCCACUAUAGGACUUGCAUACUUUGCGUACCUAGCAUUCAAUAAAGAUCAAGGACCUAGCGGGAACGGAGGAACUACCUCUACUCCUAUGGAUGAUCCUGUGGAAGAAGCUAGAAAGAUAAUGGAAAAAUACAAGUAGCAGCAUCAGAGUAAGAAAUUCUGCACUAUACUUUUGUUCAAUGUAAAGUUGUGAUCCUGUGAGUAAUAGCUUAUUGAGUUGGGAAAUUUGAUGGAAUGGAAUUGUCACCAUUUAUGUGAAUGUCAUUUUCUCUUUCUAGAUCAAAUUAGAUGUUAGUUAAAGCAUGUUUGGAUUUGCUUAAUUUUUAGGGAAAAAAUGUUUUUCUUUCAACAGUUAUCUCAGAAAAUUUAGUUA